UGUUUGAAUAGUAACUACUGGGAGCUUCCUUUUGUUCAUGCUUUGAAUUGAUAUAGCACUGGCGAGUCCAACAGUGACAUCUCGUGCGUUAUCUGAUUUCAGCCACCUAUUAGGGGCAGCUAAUCUUAUCAUUUCUCCUGACAGAUGGGGAGAUAGAGACUCCGGUGAGCUGGGGCUAAGAAAGCACUGCUGAUGGUUCUUGAGAACUCAGAAGCCACACUGCAGUGUUUCCACCUGAGAACCUGGGCUGGCUAGAAACCCUGAGGCAAUGAUAGAGACAGCCCACCGCCUGAUUUGAAGGCGCUGCCUAGAGAAUGAGGAGCGACGAGCCGGCCGUGACCAUGGAAGAGACGGGCGGGCCGGACGCGGCUGCAGGCCGCCUGGGGGCGCCGUACUCCGAGGCCUGGGGGUACUUCCACCUGGCGCCUGCGCGCCCCGGCCAUGCGUCGGGCCCCUGGGCCACCUGCCGGCUGUGCGGGGAGCAGGUGGGCCGCGGCCCGGGCUGGCACGCGGGCACCGCUGCGCUGUGGAAGCACUUGAGGAGCGCGCACCGGCGGGAGCUGGCGGAGAGCACCGCCCGCCGCUCGCCGCCCGCUGCCCCCGGCCCCGCCGCGGCCGCCGAGGGCGACUGGGCGCGCCUGCUGGAGCAGAUGGGCGCGCUGGCAGUGCGCGGCAGCCUGCGGGAGCGCGAGCUGGCGCGGCGCGAGGCGGCCGUGGAGCAGGGCGAGCGCGCCCUGGAGCGCAGGCGGCGGGCGCUGCAGGAGGAGGAGCGCGCGGCGGCCCAGGCGCGCCGGGAGCUGCAGGCCGAGAGGGAGGCGCUGCAGGCGCGGCUGCGGGAAGUGAGCCGCCGGGAGGGCGCCUUGGCCUUGGGCUCGGCCCUGCUGCACGCUCCGCUCAAAGAGGAACCCGAGGGGGACCCCAGGGACGGCUACGUCAUCACGAAGGUCUUCCUGUAGGUUUUAGCCGCUCCCACCCACCCACCCCCGGCCAGCCCUACUCAAAAAGUGUGGCCCGCGGACCGGCGUCUUCAGCCUCACCUGGGAGCGAGAUCUCAGGUCCGUUGCCGCUCUGCCGAAUCGAAAUCGCCAAAUGUGGGGUCUUGAGAAGCACUUCGGAGGCCAGGCAGAACCAAAAAUCAAUCCGUGGUCCUCCGGGGUGCCUGGGAGCGCAAGCUCCAGCGGCCUCCAAUGCUGGUGGCGUUUAGUGGCAUCCGCGCAGGGGGUGGUUUUCCUCUGCCUUUGGAAUGAGAGCUCCAACAGCCCUGUGAACCUAGAUCACCUGGAGCCAUGGCCAUAUUGUGCCUGGUGACUUUGAAAGGACAGGAGCUUCCUUACACACCAAAGACUAUCACACCGGGUGGCUGUACACCAGCCAGGGCAACCCAGGGUAGAGGGUGCAUGGAAAUGAUAAAGCAUUUUUACCCAAAAAAAGUUUUCCUCAUUUCCUAAUGAGUAAAUCAUUGAUGAGUAGUCUUUGCCCAGCGCCAAUUUCUGAACGGGAGAGUUUCCAAGACUGCUCAUUACCCUGUCAUUUCUAGUGCCUUAGGAAGGCAGUCCUGGAGAAGCCCUCUUUUUGCUCCCCUCCCCAUCUUGCCCGGCAGUACCAAUCACCCUAUCUUACCUCCGCCCUCAUUUUUCCCGUUUCAGAGCCAGUGGCAGCUGUGCUGUUUCCCCACUUAACUGCCUCACACCUGCCGCCUAGUAGCAAGACAUGACCCCAUCCCUCGUUAUUAGGAAGGGAGCUUCUGCCCCCACAUCUUCACAGUCCUCACUCCUGGGCCAAGGGGAAGGCACCCUCCCAUCUGAGGCCACCUCCUCCUCUCAUGUUUUCAUCCAUUCCUCUUCCACCUUUCCUGGGCCCUUCCUCCACAACAUUACCUCUUUUCCUCUGUCUCAUUCCCUCCCUUUCUUCAGAGUCUUCCUCUUUAGCAAUGCCCCAGUCUUCCUUGGACUGAAAAGAAAGACUCCCCCAGCCUGGAUGCUCCCAACUGAGCACCCCCUAAGCAAGGACUGUCGAGCAGUCCUUGCUGCUUAUAUUUCCUCCCCACUCCUUACUCCUUCACUCGUGGUCAGCUUUUCAGGCUACACUGGACUCUUAAGAAGCCGCUACAGUCUCACAAUGGCUGAAUAUGAUGAUUUAUUUUCAGCCUUCAUUUUGCUUAAUCUCUCCCUUCUUGAAAUUUUUCCUUUGGUAGAUGGAACUUGCUUUUCCUCCAGAGAAUUCCUUUUCCUGAUGUAGACUGAUUUCCAAACAGUUUUUCUUCAGGUCUCUUUUUUCCUCAUUUUUCUGAGAAUUUGAAAAUGUUCAAGCAUCCAGAAAAAGUUGAAAAGCUAGUACAAUGAAUACCCACAUAUACCCUCCACCUAAACAGUUGUUAACAUUUUUGCCAUAUUUAUUUUUCUUCCCUCCACCCCAAACAUGCAUGGCAUUUCAUCCCUAAGGUAUUUCAGCAUGUUUAUCCCAAUAGCCUCUAAGACAGAUUCCUUAAUUGAAAUUCCCUAACUGUCCCAAGAGUGUCUUUUUCUCUUUUCUAAAAAACAGGGCCCAGUUAAGAUUCACACAUUACUUUUGAUUAUAACUCUAGUCUCUUUUAGUCUAGAACAGCCCCCUUACUAUUUUUUUUCCAUGACAUUUACUUUUUAAAAAGUCCCGGCCAUCUUAUAUAUGUCUUAUAGACGUCCUGUAUUCUGGAUUUAUCUGAUUGUUUCCUUAGGCCAAUUUAUGUACCCAAUCUUGGUUCAUGUACCUGUAGAGGUACAAUAAUCACCUCUGUGCCAGCGACUCCUGACUACCUCCAGCCUUUAGUGUUCUUCCGGGUCUGUCCUUCAUGGCCAGUCCCCUGCAGCAUGUCUCCACCUCUACUUGCAUAUCUUGCCACAGGAGAUGGUAGGGGUAAUUCUAUUCAACUCUGCAUCUCCACCCCUGACCCAAUAACUAAUAACUACUGGGCUCUUAAAAUGUAUCAGGUACAUUUACAUGUAUUAUCUCACUUUAUUUCCACAGCAGCUCCUUGGGGGGCGGGUAUUAAUACUAUGCCCAUUUUACAGCUAAGGAAACAGAGGGGUUAAGUGGCUUGUAUGAGAUUAAAGCUGGUAAGUAGUUGAGUCGGGUUCCAAAUACAGUCUCUACCUGCAGAUGCCAUGCUCCCAGCUGCUGUACUGUCGGCCUUGUUACUCAGUCACCGGAGCUGACACCUGUUUCCUUCCUAACUCCAACUCCAGGUAGUACCAUCAGUGACAUUAACAUGUACUGAGCACUCACCAUGCCAGAGCUGUGCUAAAAUGCUUCACAAGAAUAACUGCCUCUGCCUACUAUGCAGCAACCCCAUGAUAUAAUUACUCUUACACCCAUUUUGUAGAGGAGAAGAGACAGGCUCACGGCAACUAAGUAAUGAAGCGGCAGAGUGGGAUUUGAGCACCAGUCUCACUGAAUCCUAGGCCCCUGAUCUAUUGAGUCUAUAUCUACAAAGUAUCACAGCUGUCUUCCUUCUGAUGCCACCUGCUCAGCUCAGGCCCCAUUUAUCAUUCAUCUGGGAUUCAUCUUCCCAUCCUUGUCUUCCCACACUGUCCCCUACUUGGCCAAAGGAACUGUCCUAAGCUGACAUUGAUUGUAUCACAUUGCCUGCUCAAAGGACCCCCAAGAUCACCCAUCAUCUACAAGCUCUAGCUUUGUGGCUUGACGUUCAAGUCUCCUCGACCCCUGUACCAGUCUUAUCUGUCCCUUCCCUUACACAUGCUGUGUGCUUUGGCCAAACUGGACUCCUCGUUCUUCUGACAUGCCCUGGUGCUUGGCACCUCUGUGCCUGUUUGCCUUUCCUCCACUUAAAAAAGCCCCUUCAAUUUCUAAGUAUGAAAAAUCCUGCCCAUUCUAAGACCUAGCUCAAAUUCGACUGCCUACAUGAAGCUUUCCUGGAUUCCUCAUCAUUCAGAGAUGAUUCUUUACUUCUCUGGACUCUCAGCAUUUUGUAUCUCAAAACCCUUAGAAAGGCCAUCUAGCGUGUGGCUCUGUGGGUUCCUGUCUUACCUCCCUUGCCUGAGCCCUUGGGAGUAAGGAUGGAGUUCACUCAUCCUUCUGCUCCCACAGUGACUUGCCUGUAACAGCUGCUCAAUAAGUAUUUGAGGCAUUGAACUCAAUGUCUUUAAGAUUUUCACAAGUCUUCUCAAAUUAUUAAUAUAAUUAUUCAUUUAUCUUUAAUCCUCUAAGUAGAAUUCCUAACAAAAAAAUAGCCUAAAAGGAAGCAGCAGUAAAUUUUAAAAAGCUGUUUAGUCAAUAAAGAUUUAAUAAGUGUCAGUUAUUGGGCUGUUUGGUUUGAAUCCAAUCACCUAGUAUGUCAUUAUCAGGAACACUUUUCUUAAAAUUAUUUUCUUUACUACACAAUUAAUAAAAAUGCAAUGCCCCACUCUACGAAGAAAAGCUGAAAAAAAUCCCCCGAAGUCCUGUCACCUUAGACUGCUAUUAACAUUUUAAUGUAUUUUAUUCUUUUGUCUCUUGCAAUUUUUGUAUUACUCUAAUAAUAGUAUGAUUUUUCUUUUAAGUAUUGAAAUUUAACUUCUUCAUGUGGAUUUAUAAGUUGGGUUAUAAGAUUUGAAUCUGGACUUUUUGGAAGAAAAAAAAAACUUCUACAAAUGUCACUCUUCAGUUUCACCAAUUGUUAGAACCACUAAAAUAAGCAAAGAUUGACUUUCAGAAUCUUAACCUCUCCUUCAAAAUAGAUGGCUAAUGGGAGCACCAGUAGCCUGUUCAGGGGAUGGGGAAAGCAAUUAGCCUGACUGAUGACUUACCACUGGUUGUGGGAGUUAUACACUUUUUACACUUCUGCAUUGCUAUAACUUUUCUAUAUCAAGCAUAAAUUACCUUUAUAAUUAAAAAUAAAGUUACUUACCUCUUGCAAAUGGAAAAUCCUUACUACCAGCAUUCAGCUUCCUUAUUUAAGAUAAACAAAACUUCCAACACAAGAACCGAGAUAAUCUUCAAUUCCAGAGAAGCCUAGAAGGAAAUGCAGCCCUUGUCCAGUCCAACUCCAUCAUUUGACAGAGGAGAAAAAUGAGCCUGAGUGGCUCGUCCACUCUUAGUGGCUAUGAUGGCUCACCUGACUCCAGCCUCAUCAGAUAUUCUGCCUCUUUGGCCUUGAGGGCUUCUGCUGGCUCACCUGGCAAAGCACAAGGGCUAUCAGGACCAACUGGCUAAGCUGGCAUCCUGUCAGCUAAGAGCUGGGAUCUGAAAGUGCAGAGGUGGGUUCCGGGGAUUGCAUCAGCCUCUCUGGCUGUGGCACAGUCUGCUCACAAUUAGAGUUGUCAUUGCUAGUGGGUGAUGGUGACAUGCCUUGCAUAUAUUGGCAGAGCUUCCCUGAUUUAUGUGACUAGGCUUGCUAAUAGCACCAGCCAGCACUGCCUUUGAGGGCAAUGCACGCAGUGGUGAGGUGGAUGGCUGGAAUUGGGAUGCAGAAUGCCCUAAACCUGACUCCUGAACUCCUGCCAUGAUGUAAAGUGAUCAAUCACUUCUUUAGGUUGAAAUUUGUCAGGGAGGAGGGGGUGUGGGCAAAGCAGGGUAAUGACAACCAAGGCUGAAAGAGCUAGGGCCCUUUAUGCACCUAAGUUUUCAUCCUUGGAGGCUGGACAAGGGAAGGGCUUGGCUUGGUCUGGGCUGAAUUUCUACUUUAAGUGGCUGUCCAUGUCUUAAUGUCUUAGAGGGGAUUCAUAAAAACUGAGCUGCUGUUUUGUUUUGCUGCCAUGGACUCAUUAGGGAAUUCUAUUUCUAAAGGUUUGAUCUUCUUACCUUUCUACAACUUGAAUCUGCUCCUUUGUCUGGAAGAUGGAUGAGGUGAUCCUUAAGGUCCCCUUUAGCUCUAACAUGCUGAUUACAUAAAAUACUGUGAAACAUCAAUCUUUGAGUGAAUCAGUUGUUCUGUUUAGAUUUUCUUGUUAAUUGCAGAUUUAGAAGAAAAUGUUGAAAGUCACAUGUGUGUUUAUUAAAAAUGAUAAUAGUAUAUCACACUUCUACAGAACUGAGGUACUAACUCUACGGGAUUCACACCUAGAACUGAAAAUGUGUGCAGUGGUAAUAAGCGUGCUCUCCUAUACCAUACUUUUUGUCUUCACAACAGCCUGCUGGCAGGAUAGGUAUAAUCAUCCAUGCUUUACUGUGAGGCUCCACGUUUCAACAAGGUGAAAUGGCCUGUAAAGGCCACACAGCUUAAUAAGUAGCAGACUGGAGGCUGGACCUCAAUCCGUGGUUCCCAAUCAGACUUGGGACCAAAGAGUUGGACCUCCUUCCACAACUCUCUUCUGGCUCACCUCUUUACCAGUGCCAGGACCUCUGUAUCAUGGCUUGAGUGUUUGCUGACACUUGGGUCAACGUUGGCUACUUCCCACCCACGAGCUCUGGUGCUGAGGGUAAGCAAGGCAGCUUUCCCAGAGGAAGCAAGGUUGGCCUUUAUUAGUUUCCUAUUGCUGCUGUAACAAAUUACCACAAACUUAGUGGCUAAAGACAACACAGAUUUUAUUAUCUUAUAGUUCUGCAGGUCAGAAGCCUUGAAAUGCAUCUCAAAGUGUUUGCAGGGCUGUGUUCUUUUCUAGAGGCUCUAGGAGAGAAUCUGGUUUUUUGCCUUUUCCAGCUUCUAGAGGCUGCCCACAUUCCUUGGCUUGUGGCCCCUUCCUCUUCAAGGCCAGCAAGGACCGGUCUUUCUCACGGGGCAUCACUCUGCCUCCCUUGUCCACAUUUAAAGGACCCUCUCCUUAAGUUCAGUUGGUCAGCAGCCUAAUAUCAUCUGCAACCUUAAUUCUCCCCUGCCAGGUAACACUGCGUUUCCAGGGAUUAGGGUAUAGACAUUUGGGGAAGGCG